ACUCUCCACCCGCAGUCAGCUGAGCGUUAGGAUAGCGUGAGGAGCUGCAUCCAGUCUGGAACAAAAAUAUAAUCACAAAUACAGAGGGAAGUAGAUCCUGAGACCCUCAGAGACGGGAAAAAUACAAGCCGCAGGACAGAAUGGCACCGAUCGGACUGAAAGCCGUAGUGGGAGAAAAGAUUAUGAAUGAUGUUAUAAAGAAAGUAAAGAAGAAGGGCGAAUGGAAGGUAUUGGUAGUAGACCAGCUAAGUAUGAGAAUGCUGUCUUCCUGCUGCAAGAUGACAGAUAUUAUGACAGAAGGAAUCACAAUUGUUGAAGACAUCAACAAGAGGAGAGAACCACUUCCUAGCCUGGAAGCUGUCUACCUGAUCACUCCCUCUGACAAGUCUGUACAUUCUCUUAUUGGGGACUUUAAGGAUCCUCCAUCUUCCAAGUACAGAGCUGCCCAUGUCUUCUUCACUGACUCUUGCCCGGACCGCCUUUUCAAUGAGCUGGUUAAGUCGCGCGCUUCAAAGAUGGUAAAAACACUCACGGAAAUUAACAUCGCCUUCCUUCCUUAUGAGUCACAGGUUUUCUCACUUGAUUCUGCUGAAACAUUCCAGAGCUUCUACAGCCCUCACAAGGCUCAGAUGAAAAACCUUGUCAUGGAGCGGUUGGCAGAGCAGAUUGCCACCUUGUGUGCUACCUUAAAGGAAUAUCCAGCUGUGAGAUACAGAGGGGAGUACAAAGACAAUGCUAUGUUAGCACAGCUGGUACAAGACAAACUGGAUGCGUACAAAGCAGAUGAUCCAACCAUGGGGGAGGGUCCAGACAAAGCCCGAUCUCAGUUGUUGAUUUUGGACCGUGCCUUUGAUCCAACUUCACCAGUACUUCAUGAACUUACCUUCCAGGCUAUGGCAUAUGACUUAUUGCCUGUUGAGAAUGACGUGUACAAAUAUGAGACGAGUGGAAUCGGUGAGGCAAGGGUUAAGGAGGUUCUACUGGAUGAAGACGAUGACCUUUGGGUGACCCUGCGUCACAAGCACAUUGCAGAAGUGUCCCAGGAAGUUACCCGUUCCCUAAAAGACUUUUCUUCCAGCAAGAGAAUGACCACAGCUGGUGACAAGACAACCAUGAGAGACUUGUCUCAGAUGUUGAAGAAGAUGCCUCAGUAUCAGAAAGAGCUUAGUAAGUAUUCAACUCACCUGCACCUAGCAGAAGACUGCAUGAAGCAUUACCAGGGCACAGUGGAUAAGCUCUGUAGAGUAGAGCAGGACCUGGCUAUGGGAACUGAUGCUGAGGGUGAAAAGAUCAAGGACCCGAUGAGAGCAAUUGUUCCAAUCUUGUUGGAUGGCAACGUCAGCACAUAUGACAAAAUUCGUAUCAUUCUCCUUUACAUCUUCUUAAAAAAUGGAAUUACAGAAGAAAACUUGAAUAAACUGAUUCAACAUGCUCAGAUUCCUCCAGAGGACAGUGAAAUUAUCACCAACUUGGCCCACCUUGGUAUCCCUAUCAUCACCGAUUCCACCCUGCGUCGCAGGAGCAAACCUGAUCGCAAGGAGCGCAUCAGUGAGCAGACCUAUCAGCUCUCUCGUUGGACACCAGUUGUCAAGGACAUCAUGGAGGAUUCCCUUGAGGAUAAACUGGAUACAAAGCACUAUCCAUACAUCUCAACUCGCUCAUCUGCAUCUUUCAGCACCACUGCUGUCAGUGCACGCUAUGGGCACUGGCAUAAGAACAAAUCACCUGGAGAGUAUAGGACUGGGCCACGUCUUAUCAUCUUCAUCAUUGGAGGAGUUUCACUUAGUGAAAUGCGCUGUGCUUAUGAAGUCACACAGGCCAGUGGAAAAUGGGAGGUCCUAAUAGGUUCCACCCACAUUCUAACUCCCACCAAAUUUCUUAUGGACCUUCGACACCCGGACUUCAGGGAGUCCACUAAGGUCUCAUUUGAGGAUCAGGCUCCCAAAGAGGAGUGAAAGACCAUUAAAAAGCUCCACCCAUGUCCUCACUCCACAGAAAUUGCUUGAUGCUUUGAAGAAAAUGAACAAACCAGAUGAAGAAGUCAGCACCUAAGAGGGAGCCAUUCCCUUUUCCACCAGCCACAAAGCUAUUACUUGAAUGACAUCACACAACAAUAGCCACAGUUUUACCCUUCCUCCUGGAUGAGGCAUCUCUGUCGUUUUAUUGUUAUGAUGUCAUGACCUUUCUUAUUAAUAUAUCUGCAACACAGUACAAACAGCAACAUUUAUUUUGCUAAAGAACUCCCAGGACCUUACCUAAUGGAUGCAAAAUAUAAAUUCUUGACACCACUGUAUCUACCAAAUACACUGGAAUGCUUUGUUAAAGAACUUGCUUGAAAGUGUACAUGGUUUCUGUUGUGAGUUAGUGUUUGCAUUUAUUUGUUGCUAGUAGGAGAAUAUGAUAAACUGAGGAUAACUGAUCUGUCCAAAACUGGACGCAGUUGUCAUUACUCUGGCUUACAGAACCACAUUGUUCUACCAUUCAUUAAGUACUUUUAAAGAAAGCCACUUCCUUUUGUAGGCUGGUUUAAGUCAUUUUUAAUCUCGAACCCCCUAAGUCACUUCUCUUUAGUUUUACAUUUUUAGUUUAACUUUUUCCAUAGCCUUAAAAAACAGCUUCCAGAUUCAGUUGUGCAUUCAUAUGUUCAUGUUUUAAAUAUAACAGGAAACCAUUUUAAAUUCUUAGUGGUAACAUCAGACUGGUAGUGUGCUGCAUGUUAUGUCAGAGGCCUGCGAUUUUAAGAUAGCCCUAGUGUUCUUUUGCUAUCUAGACUUGUGCAGAAAAGAAGGGGUUAAUGAUUUGCCAUGGCAGCAUAACUGCUUACUGUGUGGGCUCCACCAAAUAGAUUACCUUGCUUCCCAAAAAAACACAGUUAUGCAAAAUAGGGUGUAGUUCAGUCUUGAAAACAGACAUGUUUCCUCCAGUCAUUUUAAGGGCAGAAAACUAUCACAGUACCCAGACAGGUGGUGAAAAGAUACUUUUAUGUUCAGUAACCUGCAUCCACACCUGACAGCAUUUGUCAGAAUGUGUGGAGAGUCUUAAUUGCGUAAAUAUGAACCUGGUGUAUUUCACUAGCAGAUGUUUCCAAUCUCUUGCUGCAAAAUGCAGCCUGUAAUGAAGCUGUCUGAUUCUGUUUGUGAAAUGUGGCACAGAAAGUAGAAUUCCCACUUUUUAUCCACUGGAAAAUGGAAUUAUAUCACUUAUUUCUGCCAGAGAGAAAGAAAACUGAGAAGUAUAAGCAUGUUUUAAAAGGAGUACUUUCUGAGAAAAGUGCUUUUCAAAACUCAUGUUGAACUAAUUGUACAGCCAUUCAAGUCUUUCUGAAUAGUAUGCAAUACAUUAACUCUAUUACAAAAGUCAUAUAUUUGGUUAAAGUCAGGUUAAGUCAUCAUACACUUUGUUAGCCUGACAUAAAAUUCUGCUUUCCUUGAAAUAACUGCAUCACAAAACUGAUGUUUUACCCAAAAUCCAGUGAUUUAAAAAUUCAUUAAAAUGAAGUUGGGGAGGUGGUGCAAACAAUACUUCAUUUUGUGUUUGUCAACCUUCUUUGAAGUGCUAUUUUAUUUAAUUAUGCUUAGGGAAGUGGAACUCGAUGAAAAAUGUUUCAGAAAUAGUGCUAUAACCCUUUAUUACUUGUCAGCACAUGAUGAGUCUGUAUAGAACAAUAAAACAGUUUUAUCUGGCCAUGGUGACUAUGCAUCGGUGCCGUGGGUCUACAGAUCCUAACCCCAGUGGCACCUAUUGUGGCACUAGUUUGAUUUGUGAAUUUCUCUAGAGCACCUUCUCUCUCAGGGGCUGUGGAUCCAUAUGGUAAUAUACCUAUGAAAGACAGAACAAUAGGACACCAAUACAGAAAGCAAAUGGUAAUUAUGCAAAAUAAACUGAAGUGACAGCAGGAUUUGGUGGUGAAAACACUUGAGUGGUACAGAUCAGAAAAAAAAAUCAAAGUUCCUGAUUAGAUUUAUCUGCAGCUUUUUCACUUGUGCCUCCAUCCUUACUAAAGAUUUACUGACUGUUUCUGUAUAUUCUGGGUUAUUUUCACCCAUUCUGCUUAAAAGAAAAAACAUGUUUAUCUUCCUGGGAAUGCAGCGUGUGUAGGACACUUGCAUUUAGAUGGCAAUAAGAAUAAUAAAGGGACAUGUUGAAAACUAAAAAAGAAUUUAAGAGUCAGUAAAAAUUCUGUUGUGGAGUUCUUUAUAUUCUUGAUAUCAAUCUUCAUUUACAAAACUAUGCAAAGUAAUCAAUAUUUUCAGUAAAAGAUCAUUUAUUUGUGUGAUAUUUGUUAUCUACAAACAAUUAUAUUUUCACAUGGGAUAAUUUUUUACCUGAAAAUUAUUUACUUUCAAAAUGCUAUUCAAUGACCUUUCUAUGAAUGGCAUGAUCAUCACAGAAUUUGUGAAAAUACGUACUAGGCACAACAGGAUUUUUACAAAAAUAAAUAAAUGAUGUAUUAAACUUACCAGAAAAGUAGCUCACAAUUAAAAAUGAUCUCUUUCUGGGGACUGCUGCUAAAAUAAUAAGAAAUAUAUGAUGUAGUAAUUUACAGCCAGCGAAUGUGUGCUAUGGAUAUCACCUUUAAAUGUUCGCUUGUCUCCAGUUUACAAAGUGCUUUCUUACUUUUUUUUCCCUUUACUUGUUUUCACCUAACACAGGUCAGACAUAUGCUACUGUUCUUAGUCACAACUUCAGCCAAUUACCUUUAAUAUAUCUCAAUUUCUUUUUUCACCAGUUUGCCUUUUGUUUCAAUGCUGUGAUAUUUCUCCACCUUAAUUUUUAUUCUAAGUUAAUGUGAGUGUAAGCCCAAAAGAGUUGAUAAAGACACAAAAAUGUUUCUACUUUUAGCCAAGUUAGUCAGUAAUGCAUUUUCGUUUGAGCUGAGUUUUGUCAUGCCUUGUCCUACAGUCAGUCUUGAAGAAUGUCUCUUCCAGUUGCAACUCAUCUUGCAUUCUUCACCUUGCGUUUUCUCUAUCUGCAUCCCUGUUGUGCAUCCAUUGUGAUGCACCUAAUCCUAUUCUCUCUAAUUCUCCUUUUCUCUUCAAACGAGUUACAUGCCCAUCUUCCAAGGAUCGUGCUUGUACCCAGCCCAUCUGCACCUUCCACCACUUUAGUAACACUUGCAUUACAGUCUGCCAGCCUGAUUGCCUUUCUGCUGUUAGACCUCUACAGUCACACACAGCAGUUCAGGUGCCCUGUACAGUGGAUUAAUAACUUCAGUGCUUCUGAAAUCCACUCCCUGCCCCAUGUACUCUGGAACACUACUAUGCAUGACCACUGUCCUUACAUUGCAUUUCAUAACUCAUUGUGGGUGAAUUACCUCCAAAUCUUUUUCCUCCUCUGCCCUGUUUAUGUUUACUAAUACACAAACAGAAUUUUCAAUGAUUCUUCCUUUCAAAGUCUAUAGUUCCACCCUUAUUUUUACAUAACAUCCCAGCUUCUACCAGUCGUCCUACAGUGCAGAUCACCACAAUUCUCCCUGGAGGCCUGCCUUGCAUCUGCAUUUACUUCAGGACUGUGCACCAGCAUGAUAAUGUCAUUCCUCAAGCCCAGUAGUAUGUCUGCUAUAAAUACACUAAACAGGACUGGUCCAGGCAGUGAAAGUUUUGCUGCUUCAGUUUAUAUUGCCCUGUCUACUUAUAGUUCUUCUUUAACUAGCGCCAUCAGCUUCUGAUCAAUCAUUUUGCUUCGCACUUUACCAUUUCAGCCAAACCCCAUUUCCUUCUUUUUUUUGUGUGUCAUAAUCCUUUGAUGUGCAGUGUUGAAGGCCUUGCUGAAAUCCACAUACACAACUGCAGUGUUCAUGCUGUCCACUUCAGUAAUGUCCAUUCAUAAGACUGUAUAGUUUUACAGGUGAAAUCUCUGUUAUGUAAAAUAAUACAAAAAGGCAUAACCCAAAAUGUUAGCAUUCAGGGACUCAACCAACCCACACAACAGGAUCUUAUCCUUGUCCUACACUUGCUUACUUCUCGGACUCAUCUUUAUCCUCCUCUAAUACUCUUGAGAUAUAUAAAGUCAUCGUAACUUUAUGUUUUGGUUUAGUAGAGGCUCUGAGUUCUGUAACUUCUGCAUUUGUUUUUCAGUUUACUCAGAUUCUUACCUGUUCUACCUCUUUAUAGUGGCAUGCUAUGUUGGUGCUCAUUUACAGAGAAACAGGUGAACUCAUUCAGCACUUUACCUGCUGUGCAGCGCUUUGAACCAGUGUCUACCCCUUUCCAUUCAUCUCCUGCUGGUUCUUGUUAUUGUCUCAACAUGCUGUUCUGACUUUCCUCUUGGUCUCUUCCUUUCUGCAUCUGUAGGAUCACCUUGGUAUGCUUAGUGACAUAUGAAAUCCUCAUAGGUUGUUUUUUUAGCCUCAUUUUUAAUUUUCUGUAGGAUAUUCUCUUUGCAUUGAUAAUCUGUUUUCUCAUUCUAGUAAAGCUUGUUUCUUUGUCCAACACUUCACUUUUCUCCCAAAAGAAGAUUUUAUACCCCUUUUCACGUCUUUCUUUUUUUCAGGUCCCCAGCUUUUUUAAUAUUUUGAGUUCCUGACAUCCUUCAGUAUUUACCACUGUCCUUCCCAAAGGACUAUAAUCUAUUCUGUUGUAUUCCUAGAGCUUUCCUCUGGUGGCACAUCCAGAAUUCUUUGCAUAUGGCAAAAGCUUACAGCAGCUUGAUCAUUGCCAAACAUUCUCUCUGUGUCUCUCUCCACCAUUGUCACAUGUAUGUUCAUCGUUUGUCCUAUGAACAUUGCCUGCUGUAAAAACACAUUUAUGAAAUCCACUGUUCUGUUGUGACAGGUCUCCCAGUCAGCCUAAUACUUGAGGCUUUAUCUAGUGCACCCCCUUACUAAAUAUUACUUCCAAGUAUUCACAAUGUGGAGUUAAAGGCCAUCACCCUCUCCUUCCUCCACAUUUUGGAAGGGCUGGAUUUGCAUUUGUUCGUUUCAUGAAAGCGUGCUUUUAUGAGACACGUUUUUUCCUGUAGAUAACACCAUCACUGUAACCCAGUAUAAGUUCAGAAGAUCACAAUGCAAUAGGACAGCUUUGAACUUGGUGUACAGUACUUUCUCUACGUCUAGCUUUUUGCUUUUCAGAACUUUAGUGUCUUUUACAUUGUUGUUUAUCUCCAUAGCAACGUGCAAAACCCCAUAAUUCUUUGAGAGAGACCCAAGCAAACUAAUGCAUAAAUCUUAGUGAGAAUGUAUGGCAGAGUAUGAAGACCGCCCACUAUUAUUUGGUAUGCCAGCAGAGUACUUCCUGUUCUGUUAUACAGUUUCCUUUUCAGAGUGCCUGGCAAGCCUUUACUGACAAAGCACGCUGCAAACACUUAUUUUCAAUUAUGUUUUACUUUAUUGUGUUACUCAGAAAAGUUGAACAACAUUUCAUAAAUUGAUUUAAAAUAGUUUCCUGACACAUUUAGAACAACCACAUAAAUGUUUGUACAAAGAGAGAUAAAAAAGGAUCAUAAUUAUGGGACCAAGAAGAGUUUCCACUGAGUAGUCUUAAUUUAUUCCUCUACUGAGAAUCAGUUUGAGGGUUACUUCAUGUUUACUAAACAGCAGUGAUGAAAUGAUUUGCUUGCAAAACAAAUUGGCCAACUGUAUUUCAGUAUUGUACAUUUAAGGAAACUAAUUGCUUAGUAUUGAGAUGAACCUUAUGCACUGAGUUGUGUAGUGUGAAUGCUUUGUGUUCCUGUAUUGUCCUGUAGUGACUUCUUUAAAAUUGUGAAACCGUUUUUUUCUUUCUUUUUUACUUCUUUCUUUCGCUCUCUCUUUAUUUUGUAAAAAGAAAGGAUUGUACAUGUGCAUCAUGUAAUUGUGAUGUUAUGUGAGCUUGUUAUUAAUUAUUGGGAGUCAUUUUAUGUUGUUUUCCACUGUGACUUCCACCAAUUAACAAUAUGUAAACUCCCAAUCUAUUGCUUGUUUAUUAAAGGAAAACAAUAUCUUUAAAACUUGUUUCCAGGGAAACGGCUAUAAGUUGCACUAAAUGCUUGUUUCAUUUUAUGUUAUGAUUGGAUGCUGAUAAGGGGGUGAGGAUUUUUGGGUGGGGCAAUUGUUUUUUUUGUUUGUUUUGUUUUUUUUUUUUUGGCUCUGUCAGACUAUGAUUAUUUAUAAAUAUUAUUUAUUGGAGGAACCAUUCAGUCUGUCUUGGAACCUGUUGAGCUUACAAUGAUCAGCAUUGUCUGAGUAUUGAAGCACAGAGUGUAUGAUAAAUAUAUAAAUAUAUGUACUGAUGUACUAAACAUAGUCUAAUACAUUUGCUUUCAUAAAUGGUGAAUCAGGAUGUGAAUGUGGCAUUAUUUGAUUCUGUGUUUGUUAUUCUGCAGCACUUGCUAAAAACUAGUAGCUACCAUUUUUUUUUUAUCCCAUAGCUUUGACAUCUUUAAGACUCAUUUAUCAAAGAAUAGUUUAGCUGUGGAUAAGGAGGCUUUCAACACCCCUUUCAUAAAGCUUUUAUAGAUGUCUUCUAUGAUAUCUUACACUUUAUCUGAACAGUAACACUUGUUAAAUUCAUUUAUUACUGUUCUGUGCAGUAACACUCACUCACCAGAUUCAUAACUGAACUUUCAAAUCAAAUGACAUUUUUUUGUGUUUCUUUCUUAUUCUAAAAACUGAUAAAUCAAAAUAAUUAAGAAAACGUAGGGACAAGAAGAUCUUAUCCCUGAAUAAAACCAGUCAGUUUAUAUGAUUUGUAGAAAAGAAAAGUAAAUGAUUGGGUUUUAGGGCUGUUUCUUGUUUCUCUACUGUAUUCACUUUAGCAUGGAAAUGUAAUUCAGAAAUGCAAUUAAACUGUGCCUAAACUGUUAA